AUGGUAACUGUAUCUUUCAUCUCAUCCGCCCCUUCGAUGGCGUCGCUGGUCCGAUCGCCGUCUACCUCCGCCCGCCGGAAAUUCUCGCGCCGUUCACAGAGCACCAUAAAUUGCAGAGCUGAGGCUGAAACCCUCGACGAGGAACGCCUCUCACGCCGCCGUGCUCUGCAAUGCUUUACUGCUGCCACCGUCGGCGUGGACUUGAUAGGAAGAUCCACCUCGUUAAUUGAAGUGGCUCGUGCAGCUGACUUGAUACAACGCCAACAACGUUCACAAUUUCAGUCCAAAAUUAAGGGUAUCCUCGCGACAAUGUUGAAGGGGAAUCCAGAUCUUAUCCCAUCUGUAUUAACUUUAGCGCUUAAUGAUGCUGUGACUUACGAUAAGGCAACAAAGUCUGGAGGUCCCAAUGGCUCGAUACGGUUUAGCUCAGAGAUCAGUCGGCCAGAAAAUAAAAAUUUGGCUGCUGUUCUAAGUUUGUUGGAGGAUGCAAAGAAGGAAAUAGACUCUGUAUCCAAAGGUGGACCAAUAUCAUACGCUGAUCUCAUCCAAUAUGCAGCUCAAAGUGCGGUCAAAACUACCUUUCUUUCGUCAGCCAUCCGGAAAUGUGGUGGAAAUGAAGAGAAAGGGGCAUUACUCUACACUGCAUACGGCUCAAGUGGGCAGUGGGGCCUCUUUGACAGGCAGUUUGGGAGGUCAGAUGCAGAACAACCCGACCCAGAAGGAAGGGUUCCUCAGUGGGAGAACUCCACCGUUCAGGAAAUGAAGAAUAAGUUUUCCGCUAUCGGUUUCGGGCCCCGCCAGCUAGCUGUCAUGUCGGCAUUCUUGGGUCCCGACCAGUCUGCAAACGAGGCAUUGCUAGCUUCUGAUCCUGAGGUUCUGCCAUGGGUUCAAAAAUAUCAACGCAGCCGUGAGACAGUAUCACAAACUGAUUAUGAGGUUGACCUCAUAACCACGCUGACAAAACUGAGCUCUUUGGGCCAGCAAAUCAAUUACGAGGCUUAUACAUAUCCAGUCAAAAGGCUUGAUCUGAGCAAACUCAAAUUGUAA